AUGCUUCAGGCCCUGGAAACUCUACCAUCGUUGGUGAUCAACUCCGUCAGCAUCGAUGUAGAUAAGCGUCUGAAGUUUGUUCAUGGUGAGACGCUGCGUUACGAAAUGGAAAUGUGUUCUGAAGAGGAAGACGCCUUACCGGAAAGGUAUUUGAGUACCCCGCCAGUGGCUGAACCGCUGGCUACCACGGAUAGUUUGUCGAAGGACACGGAGUCCGACGAUCAGAGUUUCUUCCAGAAAAUAUUUCCGACUGUGCUUAUAUCAGAGAAUGAUCAGAAGAUUCUGGAGGCUGCCGUCAAGCCCCUAUCUUGCGCCUCGAAUUCGGUUCGUGUAAGCCAGGUUUGCAAUUUCAUCAGCCAUGUGGUCUUUCAAGAUUUCCCGCCGGAAGUAUUUUUGCAGAAUGCCUCAAUUUUUUGUGCCCUGCUCAAGAUAGUUUCUAACGAAAAGAUGGACUACGAUGAAAGUUGUUGUCGCUCUGCCUUGGAGUGCAUCUCAUGCUUGGGAAGAAAAUUGGCUGACCGCAUUAUUCUCCGAUGUGAAACGCAGUUCAGUGGUUUAGAAGGAUCAGACUGGUUUCGUGAUACAAAGACAAAUCAUCGCACGCAUAUUUCCUCUUCUGAAAAAAAAUCGAUUUUUCCGAAUGGAAUGGAUGAUUCCUCUCUCGGUGUUUUCGAGUUGUGCUGUUUCGUCCUGAAAAUAUUAGCGCGUCGAAUGAAACGGUUCGUGACUCUGAGUAGUCGUAGUACCAUGAAGUCCUGGCUAGUUCUCCCUGAACUGAUGAACAGCGCUGUCGUAUUUUUGCGUCUGUGCUCGAUCUCGACGUUGUCAGACGAUGGUUCUGCCAACUGGACGCAGAUCGAAGAAUCCGUUCUGGCCUUCGCCGAUUUAAUGGAACUAUCAAAUCCAGACCUUCUUGAUGAAAUCUUGGGAAAUUUAAACUUCGCCGAUGAUGCAAACAACAUUUUUUGGAUCAUGAAAAUGGCCGGAGGCAUGUUUUCUGCUGUUCUUCUGAACUUGUUGCCCUCGCCGGAAGAAGCGGUCCGUGCGCUACCUUCGUCUGCUGUUCUGACAUUUUUGGAAUGCUGGCUGGAUCCGUGGAUUUGGACGAACUGGCCGAAGGCGAGGUGGAUGGCCGCAGCAUUCAUGAAUUAUGCGGGGUAUUGUGAUCUCUCGUUGUACAUUGGGAAGCAAGCGAGAAGCCAAGAAGCAUACGUGUCAUUUCUCGAAUGUACUGGAGGAGGUAGAUUGAACAAAUGCAAUUUAUCUUUGGCAAGAUGCGCAAUGGAAUCUGUCUGUGUUUAUGAUGAGGAACAUUGCACGAAGCUGGUAAUUUUCUUGUUGGAAUCUGAUUGCUCGGAAGAUUUUUUCACUGAUGCCUGUACGCUUCUUCAUCGUUGGUUGACUCACCAUCGUGCUUAUGUGAGGCUAACGUCGGCAAACGUUUUCAAGUUGAUUUAUCCAUCUUCCAAGCGAUUCUUCCGUUGUCCGUUGAUCUUUAGGACGUUACUUGAGAAUGGAAUGGCGAGUGAUUCGGUUAGCAAAGGCCCAUCAUCUUCGAUUAUUUCAAGAUUCCUGCUCGAAUUAUUAGAAGGCAAAUCUGAGGAUCGCCUUAUUUUCAAGUCAGCAGCUAUCGAAGUUAUGCCAUUUUUGUUGAUCCAUGCGGCUGAAGGAAGUUUGUUCGCGAUUAGGCCAGCAGUUGGAUGGAAUCCAUUCAGACAAAUCUUCGAAUUAUCGAGGGAGGAAGAUGUGAGAUGUACCACUGUGGCACUCUUCUGCUCAAGUGCUCCUAUGAGACGCAUUGCAUAUGAGAAUAUUGUCCUCUUGUUGGCGGAAGAAGGUCAUGAUUGUGAUAAGAUGCCAUUUUCUUCGACUCGUGAAACCAUUCUCACGCCAGAAGACGUAUUCUGCGUUCAACCGAUUCAACUGAGUAUUCUGAAGGAAAGGUGUCACAGUUCUUUCCUAAGUUCAAUGGUAUCGUUGAAAUCGGCUUUGUUGCCACUCGACCGACACUCACUCUUAACGGAAUUGUCGCUGAAUAUGGACUCCGUUGAAGGAGUGGAAUUUUUCUUACGUCACGUGGGUCUUCGGUGGAUCGUGGAUUUAUUCAAUGAGUGUUUACUCAUUGAAAAUAGACGAAACGUGAUCGAAGAAAUCGAAUCCUUGCCGAAAAUAGCCCAUAUUAUUUUGAAACUUAGCUCAAAGCAUGAAGUGAGGAAAGCAUUGCGGGAUGAUGCGAGUUUUUUGCUCAAUUUGAUCAGGGCUGCCUUGAUUCUUGUUGAAGACGUCCAACGUUCUGUGAUCGCCGCAUUGGCAUUUUUAGUUGUUUUCCAUCCUUUAUACGUAGUACACGGGGAAAAAGUACGACUGUCUCGGCUGAUCGGUUGUCAUUAUCGGAUCCCUGUCGACUGGGAAAUGGAUCAUAUGGAAACUAACUCGGCGAAGGUUGAAAGACCCGGUCAUUUGGAAGCCGUUGUGGCGAAAUUUUUUCGGGUGCGGAGAAAGAUAUUGUUGCAACAGCGUCAACCCCACAAAGAAUUUCAGUUGAGCGGCUUGAUGGGCAUUGGAGUGUCAGUUCGAGACCCGGUUGGAUUUUUGAUGACUAUCGAUGAAUUUCACGAUGAAACGAAGGGCCCUUUGAGUUACACGGCUUUGCGAGCGACCUUAUGCUUAAUUGCUCUGCAUGACUCCAAGUUGCUUCCUGGGUUACAAGAUGAACCAGUUCGGAUGCCGCAAGCGUAUAUAUGGACGAAACUCCUCAAGAUGAAAAUUACUCGACUAGAGAAAAGCUUCCUGGAUAAGCAAGUUCAACACCUACUUACUUUAAUCGACCUCCUUCAGUUUCCCGUGCGAGAUGUUCAAAGCAUCGAAAGUCUGGUCACCUUUUUACGAGUAUUGGUGCCCAACGUCUUAGCCGUUUCGGACUGUUCGGAUACAAUACCUCCUGCGAAGAUUGCCUUAAGGCAGUAUGUUAUCCAUCUGAUACGCGCUACUCAUCGAGCAUUCCCAGAUGUUGCUACUAGAGAGCAAUUUGCAUCCGUCAUGAUCUCCUGGGUUCAGAAAAACAUUCGGGCGCAGGAUGCGAUGGAUAUUCAGAGCGUUUCGUGGAGAAUGGAUUGUUUGAUUGCCUUUGAGGAGCUGACGCGUCGACCGGGCUGGAUUAAAUGCUUGAACGAUCGAACUGCUGUUUCAAUAAUCAAUGAAGUGUUCUGUGUGUCUAUCGAUGGAUUGAAGCAAGUCUUGUGCCGAGCAGUAUCAAGAAAUGCAUACAUGGAUCACGGGGCCUUAAAAUACCUUUGCUUCAUCCUGAAGAAUCUGUCCAUGGCACAUGCUCCGCACCUGGCGAGAAAUCUGAUCCGUUUUGAUGGAAACUCCGGCGAAAAUUGGCUCAAGUGGAUUAUUCCGCUGAUGGAAAGCGAUGAUUCUGUUGUUCGUGGAAGCUUGUUGGAAUUUUUAGCUCGUGUACUAUCGGUGGACGAAGACUUCGAUUCAAGAUUCAAGGAACUUACGAAUAUUUCAGGUGGUCUCUGGGGUACUGCCUUGAGCUUCGUAUUAGACAAACGGGAGACAGUUUUGACUCGUGAAAAAGCCCUGAAAAUCAUUUCACUUCUCCUGGAGAAAAGUGUAAAUGAAAAGUCACUCUUCACUAAUGGUUCUCAUUUGCUGUCCUCCAGUCUCGUGAAGAUGUUGGUAUGUACGUUGAACAAUGUGUCCGUGAUGUCGCCAUCAACCGAAGUUGCCGAGAGGGCUAUUCCGUGUACUCCUGCGGUACUUACGGUAACACUACGAGUGCUUCAGUUAAUGUUGCAGAAGUUUCCGGACGAGUCACGCACUCUUCUCCUCGCCCUGGAUAUCAUGCCUUGUAUAAAGUAUGCCACUGAGAGUUUUGGAAACGGAAUCGUGUGUUUUGAAGAUCAGUUGAGCGAUAGAAUUAAUGUCCGAGCCUCGUUCGUCGGUGAAGCAUUCCGCGUAUGGUGUCAUGUUCUCGUCUCCGGUAUUCGCGGGCGGUUCGCGUGCGAUCUUCCAAUUAUCUUUUAUCUUUUUGGUUUGUUGUGGAAUUACGUGUGCGAGCGCGCUGCAAGACGAAGUUUAGAAGAGGGCCUGAACUUCCUAACAGUCUUAUUGACUACCAGCGACGAUUUGGAGCUUCUUGACUUCGUUAAUGCGGCAUCAGUAGAUCAUUGGAAGCGCUUCGGCACUCUGAUGUCCAGAGUAGUGAACUUCCUAGAAAAUGACGCUUCAUCAUAUCCAGACCUAUCAAGCGCUUCUGUGACUUUCAUUUAUACCUUGACCACUAAAAUUGGUAGUCGACUGCGUUCCAGCGACCGUCUGCACUCCAGUGUACGAGCAGAAUUUUAUCAUGUUUGCCCUGUUGAACGGAUGAACGGAACUUACACGGAGAAGCUAUCUUUGGAUGCAGCCUUGGUGACGACUUUGUUGGGUGUGUGUGAAACGCGUUUGGAUUGCUUCAGAAAACAUGAAGUUCUCAUCGCCUUGAGAGCUGUUUUCUCAGGAUCAGAAUUUGCCGCUGAACAACUUGACACCAAGUUCGCGGACAAUCUCUUGGAUGGUUUCGUGGAUGUAUUUCAAGAGCAACCUUCGGUAUCCAAAUCUAAUCUGGCGGCUAUGGAAGUGCUCCAGCUUGAAAUGCUCGUUUCGUUUUGUGUGAAUUCUGCGAUGGCCCGAUCUGCUGUACUGCAUAAACGACACCAUAUUGGCGAAACUUUGAUGCAUUCAUGGUCUCGCAUCCGUGAGAAUCCCCGGGUGUUGGGUUCAGUGUUGCGUUUGAUGCGAAUUCUGAGUUUGGAUUACGAUGGGAUCCGUCAUGGAGAUUCCUGGUCUCACUUAUGCGUUCAUCUUGCCAACUUCGCAGUCGCGGGCUUAUCCCGUAGACGGUCUAAUUUCCGAACGAUCUUUUUUGUUGGUGUCAUAUGUGUGAUGGCGAAUAUGUCGCGGGAAAAAACUAGCAGUAUGCUUUUCAGUAGGUGCCGUUUGCUCCCGCGUUUCGUUGAUGCUUUAGAAAACGGAUCCUUGAAUGUCGCACGAUUCCAAGGUUCUUUCUUGUUUUUCGUCGCGACUUGGACCAAAAAUGAAGAGGUUAUCAAGGAAGUGAUAAGACACGGAAAACUUUUUCACAUCGCGUGCAAAUCGGUUCGUCAGUCAUUACCUGAAGUGAAGAGAAGUGCAUGGAUCGUCUUGAUGAAUCUAGCCGAAGUUGCCUGUGUUCGAGACUGGAUGCUCUCGAAUGACGAAAUCGGCGGGCUUCUGAGAGAAACUUUGCAGACCGGCAAUGAUGAAGAUGCGAUCCGCAGCGUUUAUUUGUGCUUGAGUUUGGCGAGAUCAUUUUCGGAGUCCGAUUCAGUAAUAAGCCGCUUGAAGUUCGACGCUGUAUCCACGCAAAGUACCCAGAAUCGCAAGCAGUGGGCGAAUGUGUCACUACUGCUUUUAUGUGGCCAACAACGCGAUUUUAUUUCGGAACCCCAAUUAAAAAAUAACCGUUCUCCAAUCAUGAGUGAUGUGCUAUCUCUCUCCCUCGGCGGAGAACAUCCGUCUACAUCAAGAACUUCGUCGACCGAGAGGAGUUCCGCACCCGUAGCGCUAUUGAAGUCACCGGAAGCUUCUUCGUCGAGCUCGUCGACGACAGCCUCUUUCCGCCCCCGCCCUGACGCCCGUGCAAUUAUUCCCGGUGUAUGUGUUCCUGUUUCUGCUCAGCGGAGCAGCGUGCGCAUAAUCGAGCUGGCCACUGUAGAUCGUGGCAUUUUGAAGUUCGCGCUUAUACCCAACCAAAUAAAUGGAUCUUCAAAUGCCGUCACGACUACAAAUCGCGUUGAUGCUUCUGGCCUGAGUGGGAAAAGUCAACCGUCACUGGUGAUCAACUCCGACGGCAUCGAUGGAAAUAAACGUCUACCACCGAUUGUUUUGAAUCUGAGAAGUGCGCAGGAAAUUCUGAAAAUCCAACCAAUUCGCACUGCUUUCAAGUUACCCACAAAUCCCACAGAAGCUCUCGCUACUUUUGCACCAUCGUUAUGCUUCGAGAAAAUCUUGUACCCGUCGAAGAAAGGAUGGAAAUCAGCUGCCGAUGAAUCCACGGAUGAUGCCCAAUCCAUCGUUUCAUCUGCAAAUGUUCAAACGGAUACUCAACGGAAGUCUAAUGCUGAAACUAUGGCUGCUGUGCAAUCGAAGACACGUGAUGCUCAAUUGGUAGGGGCGCCCGCAGUACAUUCUACUAGCGUAUCAUCUGCGCAGUCGAACAACGGAUCUUCCGUUCAGUCAGGUGAUAUCCUAUCCAGCCAGGUUACCACUGGAACGAAUGUCCAGUUAUGCUGCGUGCUGCCUCGGCCACAGGGUUCUGUCCUUCCCAAGAUGACGACGCUUCCCGCAACAUUAGUUGUUGAAUCGAAGCGACCACUAGGUGACAAAAGACGGGUUUUACCAAAUGCUUCUGCUGCUAUUCCUAGUGCCACAGCUUCCAUUUCUAGUGACAGCAGUGGCUCAAAGCGGAUAAAAAAUGACACGGGUUCGCUUAUUUGGGUGUGCCAAUUUUGUCCCUUGCGGGAGACAGCAGAGAACAAGUUUGCUUCGCAUUUGCUGAAUCAUUAUAGAGAUCCCAAGAUGGUUGACUUGGUUUAUGUGCAAGAGGUUCUUGCAGGCGGAGCAGUUGUAAAGCAGUUCCCUUGUGACAUAUGUCCGAAAAGGUUUGACCGUCUGUACUACCUCAUGCGUCAUAUGCAGCUGCACACCGGUCAAAAUUUCUGUCCUAGCUGCCACAAGAUAUUUGCUCGCAAAGAGAGCUUGCAAAAGCAUGUGAAGCGGAGUAAACCAUGCAAACCAAUCGAAGGCACUGAGACGUUCCAAACACAAGCCCGUGUUAAUGUCCGAUCAACGUGCCAUUUGUGUACGAAGGAUCUCAAAAGUACGGAAGCCCUUGAAGAGCACAUGAGUUUCUGUAAGCAAAUCCAUCAGCUCUCAAAGACUGGAUCUGCGAACUGUCCCCAAUGUCGAGAGAGUUUCGUGGAGCGUGCAGGAUUUUUCAAGCACGUGUUCACGCAUACGCAUCCACAUUCGUGCCAUUCAUGUUUCAGCCGAUUCAAGUCGCCCAGUGCUGUCAAUUCACACGUGUGUGGUAACAAUAUGAUCAGUUGUGAGCUUUGCGGCUGCACAAAAGCGUCAGUCUGGUCUUUGAAUAACCACAAACUAUCCCAUGGGAAACCGCUUGUCGCAUAUUGCAUUGAAUGUGGUAUCCAAUUUCUACGGUUGGACGAAUUCAAGCGCCAUCGGUGUGGAGCUGACAUCCCGGUUGUGCAAAGAGUUAUCUACAUUUGCGAGAUUUGUAAUUGUGGCUUCCGUAGUGUGGCCGAGUUGAACGCCCACACAAGCACGCAUCAAUGCUCAGUGGUGAAAGCCCCAUGUUACAUAUGCUCCGUUACUUCCCGAGAUCCCAAUGACUUCUAUGCUCAUCUGCAGCAGCAUGCCUAUGAGGUCUUCCAUUGUCCAUUCUGUCCGUUGAUCACUGGGUUCAAGAAAGAACUGGAGGAGCACUUCGGUUUCCAGCAUGCGCCGUUGGAGAAAGAUUGGAAAACAGAGGGAUUCAUCAAAGUGUUGGUGCAAACAAAUUCAUCGAAACUGUACUCGUGUCCGAUGUGCUCAAAGAAGCUUCCAUCCUCGCAAGCGUGGUUGUUACACGUUUUGCAUCACCAGUCGAGCAAGUACAUGUGUGCCAAGUGCAGUCGUUGCUUCUGUCGGAAGUACACGCUGAAUGCCCACAAUAGUCGGAAGUGUUCUGGAGCGAGAUUCAUUUGUUACAUUUGUACCAAGAGCAGCAAGGAUUUUCGUUCUGUUGGUGAUUUUUUCGCACAUUUGAAAACCCAUCGAUCUGAUGAGAAGACGUCAGCAGAAAGCGAGGUUCAGGUGGAUAACGAACCAGAUUGGCAGAGGCCGGAGCGAUACGACGUAGAUUUGAACGCAAGGUUUGACGAACUUCUCGUUGGUCCUGCUCCGAAGAAAAUAUGCAUCGAAGGGCAAGCUAUUCAAUCCAGUGGAUUGAAUCCAGAAAUUUGCCUUGACGCGGAGCUGAAAACUGUGGAGAUUGAUCACGGAAUACAAGUAGAUGGGGAAAGCUUGUGUGAGCUUAGUUGCCCGGAAGUCUCCUCCACCACAUCGACUUCGAGCUCCUACGACGAGGACGACAUCUUGGAUGAAAGUUUGUGUCAACCCGUCUCUCCACUUACUCAUCAAGGGGAUAUAGAAGAUCUCUUGAUAGAGAGUUACCGUUCCGAUUUUGCGGAUUUUUCGUUCGGUAGUCCGGAGAACCUGACAUGUGAAGACAUCUCCGAAGAACUUGAAAAUAUCGAAACUGUUUUUGAUGGGUCUGCCACUGAAAGUGAUUUCGUCACUGCUUCGCUGUGUGAAUCUUUAAACGGUAACCCAGCGCUUGAAGAUUUCGAAGGUGGUCGGAAUUCCGAACUCGCUAUGUUGUCAUCUGAAGAAGAUUUGAGCUUCCCAUACGGCGCGCUCGAUGACGAAACGGUGCUCAUAUCAGACUUCGAAAAAGAUGAGGAGUUGAUUCGCAAUAUUUUAAAUGAACCCUACGAAAGCGUAGCUUAACUCAAUACUUAUUUGUCUUUCAAUGAGUGAGAAGAUCAUGCACACAAACCAAUCUACAAUUGCAGGCAGUGCCACAUAUUUCUGAUCAUCUGAUGCGACCGCAGUUCUAGUGCGAUCCUUUUUCGAAUACGCGUCUUGGAAUUUCUGUGUUGGCGGUCUUCGAAUAGCACAAACUGAUCGAAAGUAGGCUUUCUAGCUGACUACUUAAUCGUGUUCUUAACGACGAGUUUUGUAUAAAAGAUUGCUAUUUCCAGUUAUGCUCGUCAAGUAUGAAGUUUUUUUUUUAAUCUUCCAUCAAAUCCAUGGAAUCAAAUGUCCUACGAGUCGAGUAUUACUAUCAAUGCUCACGCAUGUGCUGGGUUUCUUGAAAAAAAAAGCAACGAUCUGCAAUUGUACCACCAAAUGGGUAUUUCCAAAGAAUGUAGUGAGUGAGUGAGUUGAUUGCUUGUUCUAUACGUAAAAUCAAUCAUGGUUUGUGAACAAGAAAAAUUCUUGAGCAUUCCUGAAGGGUGAAGUUUUGUGUUCGGUGCUACUGUUGCAGAAAUUAUUCGUUUUUUGUGGCAUUGCUGAUGAAUGUCAGCUUUGUAUUCAGCCUUUCUUAUCUUCCGUUACGAGAAAAAUAUUGCUCAAUGUCCUGGUGAUGUGCAGCUUGAAAGAUUGGCGAUGUCCCCUGAGUACGCAAAGUCAGCGGCGAGUGCCGCAUUUUCAACGAUACCUGGUUAUUUGACUAAAUGAAUCGGCGAUUCUCUCCUCCCCUUUCUGCUGUUUUUGAUUUGAUCGGUUCUCUUGGUAACAUGUUUUUGAGCCGCGGGUCCCGCGUUUUCUGCUCUGUGAAUGGGGAAACUGCAACAAUGACUAUGAAAGCUUUGCGCUCUUCCAUGUGUAUGCAUUCCGUGCGGCUUCGGGAUCCUUUUCCCCUUCGAAGCACAGUGAUGCUAAGUUUACGUGUGAUUUCUGAAAGCGGCGCGACGAAACGGAAAGCCGGGGUUUCGCGUGGUUGUUGAAUAUUCACCCUUCCUCAUUGAAGAAACGACAGUCGAAGGAAUCAGUGUUCCAUUACAUGGAGUACUUCGGAGUAAAAGCUGUUGAAUCGACGAAACGUGAGACUUCGAAAACUGUUGACUAUUAUGUUUCUCCCUGAUCACAUUCAAACAUGCGAAACCCCGUUAUUUAAGCCCGCGUCAUGCGAGCUUCGUAGUAAUGAUUAGAAUCUGUACAAGCGGAAAAUUUUCUCAAGUAUUUAGUGUGAUGAUCGGACGGAGAAUCUUUCGAUGUGAUGAGUGUCGCUAGGUGUCAUCGUUGGCCAGCUGCGGGGUCCAACCGUGUCCCGAGCCGGUAAUCCGCCGUUCUUGGAAUUGGCCCUCGCUUUGAUAGAACAGAAGAAAACCUAGAGCUUAGAAAUCCGUGUUCAGCCCUUCGCCGUGUGUAAAUUUAAUUUUCCCGCGUGAUCUCUUCGCUGCAAAGGAAUCGAUACCGUGUGACGCUAACAUGGCUGUUUUGGUUUAAUAGUCGAAAGUGGAGCAUGAAAACGGCACGAUGGCGGGUUUUGUGCGUUUUGUGCUGGUGUAUAAGCGGAUUUCGCGGUUACCCUGUAGUUAUCAGGAAUCUGCGGCGAAGCGCUUUUACUUUGCUGGGCGCUGUUACGCAGUAGGAAAGUUAGGUGUUCGCAUUUGUCAUGUUGAAUGUUGAGUGUUCAAAAAGCGUCUUGUACGCCGGUGUUCGUAGUUAUUGAUUUUAUUGCUUUAAAUCGCUACAUCAGCUACCGCGAAAUUAGGUUUAUCAAAAGCUUUGCUUCCAAAUCAGAUUUCUGCGACUUCGGUCGACAAUGGUACUUGUUUAUCCUGGAAUUUGUUGAGUAUUUUAUCGCGAGUUUUAUUCAUGUAUUCACUGUUUAUCUUAGACGCAGAAUAAAUUCGGAGUUCUCAAUGUGA